UGUCCGACCCAGAGCUGGGGCUGUUCCUGACGUCGCACUUCCCUCUCUCUGGCCUGUCCUGGCCGGACCCAACCCGGGGCCAACACUGGUCAGUUGCAAUCCAGCCGAGAUUCUGCAGGGAUAAGUGAGGAUUGAGAAGAUGGUGGACCAUCUGGUGAACACGGAGAUCAACAGCCAGAGAAUCGCAGCUGUGGAGAGUUGCUUUGGCACCUCAGGGCAGCCACUGGCAUUACCAGGUCGGGUGCUCCUUGGCGAGGGCAUCCUGACUAAGGAGUGCCGCAAAAAAGCCAAGCCCCGAAUCUUCUUCCUCUUCAAUGAUAUUCUGGUCUAUGGCAGCAUCGUGAUCAACAAGCGCAAGUAUAGCAGCCAGCACAUCAUCCCUCUGGAGGAGGUGACGCUGGAGACCCUCCCGGACACCUGGCACGCCAAGAACCGCUGGAUGAUCAAGACAUCCAAGAAAUCAUUUGUGGUGUCAGCCGCCUCCCUGACUGAGCGUGAAGAGUGGAUCCGCCACAUUGAGGAGUGUGUGAGGCGCCAGCUGCGGGCCACUGGACUUCCCCCUACCACGGAGCAUGCUGCGCCCUGGAUACCAGACAAAGCCACGGACAUCUGCAUGCGCUGCACCCAGACCAAGUUCUCCGCCCUCACCCGUCGCCAUCACUGCCGAAAGUGCGGCUUCGUUGUCUGUGGGGACUGUUCCCGGGAACGCUUCCUUAUGCCCCGCCUCUCUCCCAAGCCCCUUCGGGUCUGUGGCCUUUGCUAUCGGGAGCUGGCUGCUGAGAAGCAGAAAGAAGAGGCGGGGGAAGAAGAAUCGGAAGGGCCGAGGCAACCCCAGCAGGACCUUGCUCACUCCCCGGGAACAACCUAUGGUAUAUCCAGCGGGGAGGAUGAAAGCGACAAGUCAGAUGAGGACAGAGAUGGGGGCUCGUCUGGUUCCUGGCCUAUGGGGCUGGAGUUCUAUGCCUCAGGGGUUAAAUGGUCAUCCUUCCACAGCUAACCUUUGCCCAAAAACCAUUUGGGGUCUAUUUAAAGGGGACAGGACUCCCCUGAAGAGUUUCUUUCCUCCCCAAACCGUAUGCAGUCUGGUUGUUACUGUUUGUUCAACCUUCCUUGGUGAGGACUUGGAAAUUGGAUGACAUAGGACAGGUUAGAAUAGAUUCUAAAUUCUGUCCACAGAGCCCCAUUGUGUGCUUGCUUAGGCAAGGAGUGAGCAAUGGAUAAAAGGUCAUUUCCUUGCUACUCUUGGCACUCCCGGUGCCCAUCCUCUAAUAGUCUUGCUCCUUUUAGUCAAGAUCUUCACAGUUGGAUAGGAAAACCAGGGUGUAUCAGGAGAUCCCCACCCCUGCCACCUGGGUCAGGCUGAAGCCUCAGCCUCUCAUCCAGCAGAGCCAGCAGAGAGCAGUAUGCAAAAGACUUUCAGAACCUCAGGCUGAGGAAGGCUCAGAGGAGACUGUGAAGGAGAGCAAGUGUCCGCAUCUACAUCCAAGAGAACCAACUGUCCCGAGGACAACCCAGUUCUGUGUUUAGGCUCCUUCUGCAGAUCUCAGCAUUGGCUACUUAGGCCCCUGAUUCCUCCUGUCUGAGUGCUCUGCCUCCCCCAGCAACGCCAUUGCUGCAAGGGUUGCUUCUUAGUGUUUAGGAACUGAUGGGAAAUAUUUCCUCCUGUCCAGGGACCAUGCUGGAAGGGGCCCAAGACACCAGGGAGGGCCCCAAGAACCUUAGUGAUACCUGAAGCCAGAUGCCCAUAGAUUUCAGAGAUGCCAUUUGAUUAGAAAACCAGUAGCCCAAAGACACUUUGGUCCAUCCUAUACCGGGAUGUACAUCUGGACCUGAUAAUGACCUCUCCAGCCCUAAAAGCAGUGCUUGCACUAGGAAAAAAAAAACAUUCCUAUAGUUUAGAAAAGGUAGCCCAAUGGCAUCUUGGAGGAGCUGAGAGGGAAGCAGGAUUAAUGUUGCCCAUGACUGUAGUACUUCCUAAAUGUUCUAUCAACCCAAAUGUGUAAAAUUCACAAUAAUCAUAAUGAAUCUCA